GGAGUCAGUUUAAGUUGAUCUUUGUUUUAACAAAGUCAAGUACUUAGCCACAGUUGUUGAUUGUUUUUCUUUUUAUUUGGGUGCGAAAUCUAAAUUAAAUAUUAAAACAUAAAUAAAUAUUUAAAAAAUUUAUUGUUAUUGUUGUAUGUUUAAAGCAGUUGUAAACUUUACUUUAUAAUUUAUUUUUUUUGCAAAGUACAUAAUUUUUUAAAAAAUAAAUAACUAACUGUGUUAAUUUAGAAAUAAAAGUUUACAAAAUGCCCUCCAUAGAAUAUAACCUUAAUUUAACUGAAGAACUACCAGAGGACAUCAAGAAAGUGGCCAUAGAAAAUGGUGAAUGUGAACUAACUAAAAAACAAAUGAUUGCUGAAUUCCGAAAUUAUAUACAAGAACAUGAUCGCUGUCAGCCACAUAGAACCGAUGAUGAGUACUUAAUAAAAUUUCUCAGGGCCCGCUAUUGGAAAAUUGAACCCAGUUAUAAAUUGUUGUGCCAUUAUUAUAAAUUUCGCGAACAAAAUAAAUCCUAUUAUGAAAAAGUACGACCCGUUGAAUUGAAAUUUAUAAAUGAAGCUAAUAUAUUAACAGUAACACCGUACCGGGAUCAAAAAGGUCAUCGCAUAAUAAUCUAUCGCUUUGGCAAGUGGAAAACCAAUGAGGUUCAUAUUGAUGAUAUAUUUCGUGCAUCGGUAUGUCUUUUAGAGAUGGGUUCUAUGGAGCCUAUCGGUCAAGUUAUGGGUGGUGUGGGUAUUUUUGAUUUGAAAGAUUUUACCUUGGGUCAUGUGCUACAUUUGAGUCCUAGUGUUGCUCAGAAAAUGAUAGCCAUGUUGGUGACCUCAAUGCCUAUACGUACCUCUGCUUUACAUAUUGUUAAUCAAAAUUGGGUGUUCAAUACGGCUUUUAAUAUAUUUAAGCCAUUUUUGGAUUCCUCAAUGAAAGAAAAUUUAUUUAUACAUGGUUCGGAUAUGUCUUCGCUGCAUAAACAUAUUAGUCCUGAAUAUUUACCAAAGAGAUAUGGCGGCAUUCAUGAGGACUACCCUGGAGAUAUGUGGUUCGAAACUCUUAGUAAAAAUAAGACAUUACUAAAGGAACUAGAACAACUGGGCUACGUUUUUGAUGAGAUAAACUAAAGGAAGACCAUUCACAUUUUAAUUGUCCAUAGAACUGAGUUAAGUUUUUUAAUUAGAUUUUUAAGUUGAUAAAAUUUAAUAAAUUUUAAUAAAACUCAAA